CAAGCUAUCAAGGGCUUGAGACCAAGCAGAACCGUUAGGAGAAGCUUGGGAGUUGAGGGACGGGCGGCGGGCGCGGUCGCACAGGAGAAAAACACCGGAGAACUAUCCCGUCCUGUAUUUGAACCCUGAGCUCGUUUGUUGCGCACGCUUUUGCCGUCCGGAGGCAAGAAAGGGCAAGUGAGUCUGGGGGCGUGCAGCAGUAACGAACAGGAUCAAUCGGGCUUCCGCGCGGCAAGUGUUGCUUCCCGCCGGGCGGCGUGUGCAAUGGGAUGUGCGCGCUCGAAGAAGCAGGUAGAUGAUCCCUUGGCGAACGGCGACGGAUCUGGCAGUGGGCAGCCGCUCACGACGAGGGAGAUCGAAGAGCGUGUCGAUGCUCCACCACAGAGCGAAACGGUGCAAAUCGCAGGUUGCUGGCUCAGGUGUAUACGCAUACGUAUCUCAAAGAGGGUUCUAUCCCGAUGAUCGCGAGAAGGCCAAUCAGGACGCGUACGGAGUUGCCACACACUUCGGUGGAGAUGCCAACAAGGCGUUAUUCACGGUGUACGAUGGGCACGGGAAGGAGGGCGACCUCUGCGCGGCGUUCUGCAAGGACACCCUGCCGGGGGUGCUGAGCCAGGAGUUGCGGGAAAGCAGGACAGUCGAGGAUGGCUUGAAAAGGGCCUUCAAUCGGACCAACGAGCAGUUACACCGCAACCAGAACGUGGACGAUGCUCUGUCGGGCACAACAGCCGUGGCCUUGUACCUGGAGGGGAGGGACAUGUGGGUGGCGAACGUAGGGGACAGCCGUGCCAUCGUGGUGCAGGAGCACGAGGGGAAUCUGGUGGCGAGACCGCUGUCGAGCGACCAGACGCCGUAUCGAAAGGACGAAAGAGAAAGAGUCAAGGCGGCCGGGGCUCGUGUGAUGUCGAUGGACCAGAUCGAGGGGCUGGAGCCAAUACACGAAAACUGGGGGGACGUUGACCUCGGGGUGGAGCUCGAUGAGGGGGGUGACCCACCGAGGAUCUGGAGUCCCUUCGGCGAGUAUCCGGGUACGGCCUUCACGCGCAGCAUGGGGGACGUGAUCGCGGAGGAGCUCGGGGUCACGGCGGAUCCGGAGAUCAUUCGACGAAGAAUACACCCACAUGACAAGUUUCUCGUGAUCGCGAGUGAUGGGGUGUUCGAGUUCCUUACCAACCAGAGCGUGGCAGACAUGGUGUCCAUGUAUCCGGACCCGUUGGAUGCGUGUAAGAAGGUGGUCCAGGAAUCGUACGACCUGUGGCUGCAGUACGAGGUUCGGACGGACGACAUCACCAUCAUCUGCAUCUACAUCGAGGGGAUGGAAGCGGAAAAGGCGGGGUCGCCGAAGGCGAAGGAGGCCGACCUGGACAACAUCGCCCUGCAGGGGUUGAGGCCCGUGCGUAAGGAGACGUCUUGGCACCGCAAGCGCCAGCUGAUCAUGUCGAACGAGCCCGUCGGCUGGCGGAAACCCUUCCGCCUGGAAGGCACCAAGGAGGAGUCGUACGCCAUGGAGGACCACGUCGUGCCCAAGUCGGCGGAGGAACGGGCGUGCAUCCUGCAGGCCAUCAAGACCAACUUCUUGUUCGAGCACACCACGGACAAGCAGAACAAGGUGCUGGUGGACGCGAUGCGGAAGCGGAAGGUAAAGGCGGGGGAGUGGGUCAUCCGGCAGGGUGACAAGGGCGACUGCUUCUUCAUCAUCGACAAGGGGACUUUCGAGGUCAAGGUUAACCCUAACCCCGCCACUACCGGGGUCAUCACGGAUGAGAAGGAUGCGGGCCAAACGGUACACGUGUACGAGCCGACGGACACAAUCAAACCGUGCUUCGGGCACCUGGCCCUCAUGUACAGCAAGCCAAGGUCUGCAAGCGUGUUUGCGAAGACAAACGGCUCGUUGUGGGAGCUGGACAGGCCCGUUUUCCAGCACGUUUUGCUCAAGAAGUCGAGGCGGGAUGUGGCACACACGCUGCGGCAGGUGGGCGUGUUGCAAACGUUGACGCUACUGCAGGUGCACCAGCUCUGCGACGUGUUGACGGAGGUGGUCUACGAGGCAGGCCAAACAAUCAUCACUCAGGGGGAAGUGGGCGAUACGUUUUUCAUUUUGAAGGAGGGGCGCGCCUUGGUGACGCAGAACGGGGGCAAGUCCGGCCGGGAGCAGAAGCGUUUGCGGCGCAUGGAGGAGUACUCGUUCUUCGGGGAGAGGGCGUUGCUCACGAGGGAGCCGAGAAGCGCCAACGUCGUCGCCGAGACAAAAGUGAGAUGCUUGGUGCUGUCUCAGCAGGCGUUUGAAGAGCAGCUGGGGCCGCUUUCAGCGCUCAUCGACAAGGAACGGAUAAAACGGGAAGAUCGGGGGGGGGUCCCGAUGCUUCAGGAUCUUCAACUCCUGGGGGAGAUCGCAAAGGACGAUCUCGGGCAGAUCAACGCGUGCCGAUUGCCACAAAAGUCCACUCCCUUUACGCUAAGGACGAUGUGGAAAUCCGAUGUGGUGGCGGAGCAACAGCGGACAUUGGUUCUCAAAUCGUCGGAGAUGCUCAAGCACAUCGCCGAGGCUCCGACAAUGCGACUGGGGUGCGUUGCAGUGCCUCCGUUGGUCAGCACGUACAACAUGGAGGCUAGCCUUCACGUCCUGCACCAAGUCUCGGCCGUGUGCACCCUAAGCUCGUUGAUGGAGAUGAAGACGGUCGUGCCGCAGGAUAUGGUGCGACACCUGACGGCGUGUCUGGUGUUGGGGCUGGAGGCGUUGCACAGAUGCGAUGUCCUCUAUCGCGCGCUCAGCCCAGAGCUCGUUUUUCUCGACAGCAGGGGUUAUGCCGUGCUGAUGGAGUACCGCAUGUCCAGGCUCGGCACAACGGACGCCUUCACCAUCUGUGGAACUCCAGAGUACUUGGCGCCCGAGCAGGUUCGACACCAGGAGCACUCUAAGGCCGUCGACUUCUGGGGGUUGGGGGUGCUCAUCUAUGAGCUCUCCCACGGGACGUCUCCAUUCCAAGCUGAUUCUGAGAUGACUAUCUACAACAAGAUCAGCUCGCACCGUGCGGGCAUGCUGGAGAUCCCCACGUCCUUCGUACCAGCGAUGGGAGACUUCAUCGACCGCCUACUUCACCACGACCCACAGGAGCGACUGGGCUCGAAAGCGGACGACAUCGCUGCGAUAAAGACACACCAGUGGUUCGCGGGCUUCGACUGGGGGGGUGUGCAGGCGGGGGAGUGCUACAACCAGGAGCUGCAGCAGCUGGCCCACGCCGAGGCACAGAAGUUGGCUGGGCAGGAGGGGGAGCUGCCUGACGGGGGCAAGGGCUACUCCGACGACCAAUCCAUUUGGCAGCGGUUUUGACAUGAGAUCCAUCGUCUGAGCCUUGGUGUAACCUAGUGUAGCCUCGUAUCUUAGAAACACCCACAUCUACAGUAGUAGUUAUUGACCGACUGAUACAUGCCACUUUUUUUUAGGGGGAGCGGCGGGGGCGGGGGGGAUGGUGUGUGUUUCCCCCAAACAAAUACGCCGAAAGUUGGCUGAGUUUGGGGUGCGGGUAUUUCUACCCCGACCGCGAGAGGACUGGCACGGCGUGUUGUCACACGAGUUCCCUCGGUAGCGAAGGCGUGGACCUUGUUUCUGAAGGUGACGAGUCGGCUUGCUGCUUGUUUUGACCUUUUUUUUUCCCUUUGAGAAAGAGAAGGCAAAGGACAAGCAAAAUGAGAAUCCUUCCUUGUCUUGCUCGUUUCAAGAGGUUUCUUUGUGCGUUAUAGCUGGUUUGCGAUCGGCAGCGGCCCUGCGGAGAACUGUGUGUGGUUGUUGCAACAAUCGAUGGGUGGGAAAAUGGAGAGCACCCAGGCUAUGGUGUGAUCGAUCAGAGUCGAUUGCUGUGAGGUGCCCGGGUUUUGAGUCCCCCCCUGGUGUCUCCCAACAACUAAUGCCUCCAUGUCGCACAGCCCAGAAGCAGGUGGAGACUAGCUGCCCUGCAGGAGCCCGGCGAUUUAUGGCAGGGCUGGUUAUUUGCUGGGUUUCUGUUGUUCUCUCCUGCUGCAGGCAGUGGAGCGGUGGUAAGACUGAGCUGUUUGUACGUGUGGGCAACGCCCCCGGAAUAUGUUGUUGCAAGGGUUGAUUCGCGCGGUGUUUUUUGCUCGGUGUGUGCGUGGCUGCCCCAGCCUGGGGUAAGCCUCCUGCGAAAGGCUCAAGUAUCCAUAGGUUUUCGUUGUUGGCGGGGGCCCCGACCGGCCGACCUUUCUCUAUUUCUCGUGGCAAUCUAUCCCAUCUCCCCCAACUCUGGCUGUUGCUUUCAUCCUGCUCUUUCUCCGUCUGUUUCUGCACUCCCCAGUGUGAUGAGUUCCCUCGUCUUGUGCUCGCUUCUCGCAGUUUUACCGAAAGCCGUCAGGAACGUGCUGCGGUUGUAUGCAUCAUAAUCGUCCGGAUGGUGAUGAGGUUUGCGUGUAUUGAUGUUAUAUUGGCCGUUGGACUGAACCCAAGUUUACAUCCACGCCGUUUUUUUCUUGAAUGAGGGUGUUCGGAGUUCCUACCGUUUGAAGCGUGACGGCUGUUGGCGAAGGGGGCGGGGGUAUUGGCCACAGUAAAAGGCGAGAUCGACCGAUCUUUGUGUUGCCCGUGUUGAGACGGAGAGAGAGAUCGCCAACGCCUCGAGUGUUGUUCGGCGUUCGGAUUUUGUUUUUUUGUUUUAUCGGUGGUGCACUGAAAAGAAGGUUUUGCCUCCCUUUUCAUCAGCCACCUUCGCGGAUAAGCGUCUGCUGUGAUUGCCUAUCCUGCCGAUAACUGUGCUAGACUCUAUACCCGAAGGUAUAGAACAGUGAAUUUCUACAGCAAAGCUUGUUUUUUGUCCUUGCUGAGGUAGUCGAUGGCGUGCUGCCGUAGAUUGCGAGGAAACGGGAGACAAUGUAUACUGCAGGUCAUGGUUUCCAGCGAUUUUGUCGGGCACACUUGCAUUUUUUAUGUGCGAGAGCUAACUAUCUAUUUAGAUAUGUUCCCUCCAUGUGUUCGUAGCAUAUUUGCUUGUCGGGGGAAAGACGGCCGUCGGUAUAGUUGGUACUUGGUGAGUAAGUGGGGCCACGAGAAGGUGUGGGAAGGAAAAUGCAUGUGCAGCCCUAGUUUUCUUUUUUGUCAAAGUCAACAAUUUCCACCCGCGUGAAGGUCUUGAUUUGCUUCCCAGUGAUGAUUCAAGUUGAGUCAUGUUAAUUUGAGCCAUUUCCAACUGCUGGUGCAUGGGGUAGUUACACAUCCAUCCAUGAGCAUCCGGACGGCAGAACGUUGUCUGCAGUAUAGCUGGAGGCAGCUGGUUUAUUUGAUACUUCUUCUGAAGCUCUACCUCCGGGGGGGUUCUCGAUUGUUUUUUCAUCUGAUUGAAAAUGCCCAUCAACAGGGGUAGGGAGCUUGUCGUGCGUGAGCGCGGUACAAUGUACAAGGUUUGCCAAGAUGAAAGCUUUCUUCGGCAGGGGGGAAAAUCGGUCCAGGGGAUGCACCGUAACGUCGC